GCAACCGUUAUCGAAACAACAACAACGCGCACGUAUAAUUUAUAAGAAAUUUAAUUAUUUAACCAUUUAUGGCACCUUCAAUCGAAUUCAAUUACACAGCUCUGCGUGUGUGUGUGUGUAGCUGCCGCUGUGUAGUGCAAGGGGCCCGCCCUAGCUGUGUCAAACUAGCGUGAAAUAGGUAGUAAAAUUCACAAAGUGGCCAAAUCGAAAAAGCUCUCUUCCGCGGCGGUUGGUUGUAUGUAGAAAAUCGCCCAAAUCGUUGUAGUUGUAGCAAUUCAGCAUAUAGCUAGCACAUAUAGUGACCAAGGAAGGGUGCGGCGCGCGGGUGUGUGGAAGUGCUUGUGUUGCAGUUGCUGCCUGCUGCGUUUCUAUGUUGCGGCAUUUUAAUGACGGAAUUAUUUUUGGAUAAGUGUUUAAUGAGAGCAGCAGCCAUCGAAUCGUCAGAAUGGAAAGUGAACGGUUACGUAUAACGCUGGACAAUCCCGAUGGCAUUUACUUUGCCGGCGACAUCAUACGCGGCGAGAUUUGGAUGAAUGUGAACAAGCGCACAAAGAUUCGCGCCAUUAAAAUCCAAGUCACUGGCAAAGGAAAAUGCAAAUGGAUGGAAAUACUGCGCAAAAACUCCAACAACAAUGAGUACACGCGCAGUCUGUUCUACACCAGCAAGGAGAUAUACGAGCACAGCGAGACGCCAUUGCCGGACUUUGAGCCGCGCGGUCUGGAACUGUCCGCCGGCGAGCAUACGUUCAUUUUUAAGGUGGCACUGGGCAGACAGCUGCCCUCCAGCUUCAAGGGCAGCUACGGCAGCAUCAAGUACAAGAUGCGUGUGCUCAUCCAACGGCCCUGGACGUUCGACGAGCGCCACAACAUCCACUUUACGGUCGUCAAGAAUAUGCCGCUGCAGGCCAUGCAACGCAGCGUGCCCAGUCCCCUGGAGAAGCAGAUAACCAAGACGAUCAGCCUGUUUGGGACACGGCCCAUCACAAUGGUGGCCCUGUUGCCCGAGGAUUUUGCGGUGCGCAGCGAGCCGCUGCGCAUCUGUGUCACCGUCAUGAACAACAGCACCACCAAUGUGGAGAAGCUGCGCUUCAGUGUGCUCCAGUAUGUGACGUACUACAGCCAUGUGCCGCUGCGCGUCCAAAAGGUUGAGUGCAUUGCCAUUGCCAGCAAGGAGACGGGCGCCGUGCAGAAGAAGAGCGAACGGAGCUUCGCCCACGAGCUGCUAAUGCCGGCGGGCGCCCAGCCGACGGACGAUCAUCUGAGCGGCGUGAUCACCAUUGUCUAUGAGCUGCGUGUGGAGGCGGUGCUGCGCGGUUUCUUCAAGAAUCUGGUGCUUAAUCUGCCCUUCAAGGUCUACUCGCAGGAUGCGUCGAACCGGCAGGGCUCGAUGCGUCCAACGCCCCCCCCACCCAGACCCGAGACUGGUCCGCCCGGUCCCGAUGCCAAUGGAACGUUGGGCAAUCCGUUUGAGUCCGCCCCACCCACCGGAGCCCUGCCGGUGUAUCCCUCGCUGGACACGUCGAUUGGCUCGCCCUCGCGCUCCUCACAGUUCAGCGAAUGCAGUUCCCUCAACUCCAUCACCUCCGAUUCGUCGACGGCCACGCUCAGCCCCGCCGUGGGCGGUGUGGAGCUGUCGUACACAUCGGGCGGGUCACAAUCCUCGCAAUAUGGCUCGCAGUUUGGCAGCCCCUCGGCCCGGGCCAGCCUGCGCAGCUCCAAUGUGCCCUAUAUGCCUUAUUCGUCCAGCCCGUUGAUGGCGCAAUCGUAUCCGCCGCCGCAUUUGCCAACCUAUCCGCUGCCAGAGUCGCCACAGUACUCACUGCUGGCGAUGACGCCACCACCCCAGCCAGUGGCAGUGGCCCCCGCACCGGUUGCGGUACCAGUACCGGUCAGUGGCUACAGCCAGCUGCCAUCCCACACGGCCAACUCGGCCACAUCGUCUUCGUUUCUGCAGCCACGGCAGCCGCCUGGCGUACACGAAUUGCCCCCUUCCUAUGAGGAGCUCUUUGGUCGGGCCCAGGCACCCUCGGAAACGGCAACGUGAGCUGCUGCUGAGCUGCUCCACUGCGACAACCCCAGUUACGUCCAAGCUUUGCCUAGAUUUUAGAGCUUCAGGUUUACUUUAAUAGUGUUAUCGAAUAUCAAUAUAUCGAAUUAAUAUCAUAGACAACAAUCGAACAAACAAACAAACAAAAGCAAUUAUGUAAUUAUGUGUCAUUAAUUUUUGAAUUUAAAGCUUUGAA